ACCUUCGCUAUAAAACUUUCCGCUGUAAACGACAUUCGCGAUAAAAGUUUCGCUGAAUUGACCUGAUACGAAUAAUAAAUAUAUUACCCUAAAUUCAUAGUGAGAGCGAUUGCGAUCGCGAUUUAAGCCGCGAUUUUGCAGCGACUGAUCAGCUGGAUCGAUCGCAGCGAUUUACAUUCAUAGUGCUAAGCGAUUAUAUUAAUUCACAAAAUGAGAGCCGCCAUAUUAUUUCUCUUAUACAAAAUAAUAUUGAAGAGGAGAUUAAACAAUCUUAAUAUUAAUAAAAGAAAAGAGGGCGAAUUUUACAUUCUCUUUCCUAAACUCUUAAAAAAUGAGGUUAAAUUUUUCAAUUAUAUGAGGAUGACCAAAGAAACCUUUUAUUACAUACUUGAGCAUGUAAAACCAAUAUUGCUUACAACAUCCACAAAUUUUAUAAAAUAUCCAAUAAGUGUUGAAGAAAAGCUAAUGGUUUGUUUAAGAUAUUUAGCUACAGGCUGUAGAUAUCCUACCUUAGCUUAUUCCUUCAAAAUGGGAAUAUCUACAAUCCAAAAAAUUGUUAGGACCACUUGCAAAGCUAUAUGGCAAACUUUGGUGACCCAACAUAUGCCACCACCUACUCUCACUGAGUUUGAGAGGAUAGCAAAGGAGUUUCAAAUAAUGUGGAAUUUACCUAACUGUAUAGGUAGCUUUGAUGGAAAACACUGCAGAAUUAGGAAACCACCCCAUUCUGGCAGUGGGUUCUACAAUUAUAAACACUUUUUCUCUGUGGUUUUACAAGGAAUUGUGGACGCUAAAGGGAAAUUCAUAACUGUUGAUGUUGGAAGUUAUGGGAGUGAAUCUGAUGGAGGUGUUUUUGCCAAUUCAAAAAUAUAUAAAAUGAUAGAAAAUGAAGAGAUACAAUUACCUCCUUCUAAAAAAUUGCCAAAUUCCAGCCACUUUUUCCCACAUUUUUUUGUGGCUGAUGAUGCAUAUCCUUUGAAGUCUUAUAUUUUAAAGCCUUAUAAAGGUAUCCUUACCCCUCAACAAGAAGCCUAUAAUUAUCGGAUAUCACGUGCACGGAUACAAGUGAAGUGUGCAUUUGGUAUCUUAAGAGCUAAAUGGAUGAUCUUUGAUCGUCCUAUGGAUACAAAAAUACAGCUAACAGAAAAUAUAAUACAAACAUGUACUUUACUCCAUAACAUUAUAAUUGAUAAGGAAAAAUAUAUUCCUAUCAACCCUAAAAAAAAAUUAUCCCCUUUAAUUCACUUAUUUAAUCAACAAUCUAUUAAAUCAGCAACAAAUAUUGCAAAGUUUAAUAGAAAUUUAUUAUGUUUAUAUUUGUAUAAAAAUCCCAUAUUAUAG